GUUCAUUCGGAUCUGAGGUGGAUAGAAGGAGGUUAAUAAGAUGGCGAUGAGUGUGAGCCGAGUGGAGGUGGAGGCAGAUGUUGAAGAGGAGGAGAGCUUCGGUCCACAACCACUGAACCGUCUGGAGCAGUGUGGGAUCAGUGCGAGUGACCUAAAGAAGCUGGAGGAUGCUGGGUUUCACACUAUUGAGGCCGUGGCUUACGCUCCUAAAAAAGAGCUGCUGAAUAUCAAGGGCAUCAGUGAAGCUAAAGCCGACAAGAUCUUGGGUGAGGCGGCAAAGCUGGUUCCAAUGGGCUUCACCACAGCCACUGAGUUCCAUCAGCGCAGAGCGGAGAUCAUCCAGGUCUCCACUGGCUCUAAGGAGCUGGACAAACUGUUGCAGGGUGGUGUAGAGACGGGUUCCAUCACGGAGAUGUUUGGGGAGUUCCGGACAGGAAAGACGCAGCUGUGCCACACUCUGGCUGUGACGUGCCAGCUGCCUAUAGACCAAGGGGGAGGAGAAGGGAAAGCAAUGUACAUCGAUACAGAGGGAACGUUCAGACCUGAGAGACUGCUUGCAGUCGCUGAGAGGUAUGGACUGGUUGGCAGUGAUGUUUUGGAUAAUGUUGCUUACGCUAGAGCUUUCAACACGGAUCACCAGACUCAGCUGCUCUACCAGGCUUCAGCUAUGAUGGCUGAGUCCAGAUAUGCUCUGCUGAUAGUAGACAGCGCCACUGCACUGUACAGGACCGAUUAUUCGGGAAGAGGGGAACUUUCAGCCCGUCAGUGCCAUUUGGGACGUUUCCUCCGCAUGCUGCUGCGCCUCGCUGAUGAGUUUGGUGUCGCUGUGGUCAUCACCAAUCAGGUUGUAGCUCAGGUGGACGGUGCUGCCAUGUUUUCGGCAGACCCUAAGAAGCCGAUUGGUGGAAACAUCCUGGCACACGCUUCUACUACCAGGUUGUACCUGAGGAAGGGCAGGGGCGAGACCAGGAUCUGUAAGAUUUAUGACUCUCCGUGCUUACCAGAGGCAGAAGCCAUGUUCGCCAUCAACGCAGACGGAGUUGGCGACGCCAAAGACUGAGAGAGAGAGAAAAAAAACUGCUGUGUGUAUUCAUGACACACACAGGCUGUGCUCGGAACACUCACUCGCUCUCUCACUGUGUGUGGAUCAGCUGAUAUUACAGAUAGAUGUUUGAUCAGAUAGAUCUGUGGAUGCAUUCACAGUUGUUCUACAUCCGUGUAGUAUAGAAAUCAAAACACGAGACAGUUAAUCGAACCUAGCAUUGCCUAUGGAUGAUGUUUGGGACUGUAUCUGAUCACAGUUCUGAUUAAUGCCGGAUUUCUGCACUAGUGAUGUCAUUGUGUCCAUCAAGAAGACAGAGUCCAGUGUACGUUUUUAUUCAAAGGGCCUUGCUCAGGGGCCUGGUGGUGGUGGGCUUUGAACCAGAGACCCUCUAAUGAAUAGUCCAGUAUCCUUAAUGGCUGUACUUAAUAGAUGCCAGACACAGUGGUCUUCUUGUUUUAUCCAGACACGAUGACAUCAUCGGUCCAGGUUCCUCUGGCCUUUUUAAGGACAGUUUGGGGAAAAAAAAGUGCGCUCCCUUUUUCCUGGUCAUCCGACAUUACACAGCCAGUUGUGACAGUUCCUGUUUUCAUGGUCCCAGGUACCCAGGAGGAUCUGAGACGCUAGUAACCAAGUUUCUGUUUCUCCUGCUCCAUUACACACACCAAACUGAAAUGUCCAAACCAAGUCAACCACCUCAUAAACCUUAGAUUUUUGUUUGUUUUUGUUAGCUAAUGCUACAUGGCUGUUACUGUAAGAUUUAAGACAGCUCAUGAUCUGUUUUGGUUGAAAAAUUCGGGGUUAGCGCCACCUGCAGGCUGACUGAACACUUAACUGAGUCGUGUUCGCGCAGUGUAAACAGCCGAAGACCGCGGGUACAGCGCCCCCUCUAGGUGGAUAAAGAGUACUGCGAGUAUAAUUUACUACUGUUCUCUCUUUUUGAGGUGGUGGUGGUGAUGAAUACCAGGCUUGAUUUAGUUUGCUCUGUAUUUCUGUUUGUACUUGUCCUUUUUCAUAUUUUGUUUGUAAUGUAACUAUACUUUCUGUACAUAAAAGAAUUAAAUGUCUUAUUAUUAA